UAUUAUUUACAGGGAAGGAAAUGUGAACUUCAAGUAGAUCCUGUAACGGUCGUCCACACGUGAGGAGCAGAUCAGUGGGAGGAAAGAAUUGUCCUCAAAGCAAACACAGACUGAUCAACAUGAGGCUCCGGUCCAAAUCCACCGAGGCCGAGACGCUGAGGGUCAACGCCCCCACGGAGCCGAGCGGGAAACCACCCGCAGGACGGAGGUUGAAGAUGAAAUUCCCCAAAAUCUGGGCGGGCAACAAAGGGCAGAAGGACCCGAAAACCAUCCAAGUUCCAGGGGACAGACAAGACCCUGCGGUUUUGGAGGAGGAGCCUGACAAAGGGAUCCUCUCCUUCGACCAAAACGUGGAGCAGCGUCACUUUUAUGAAGCGGCAGUUCAGCUGGUGCAGAGGGAGCAGCUGUUGUUCGGUGGCGGGAGUCAGUCAGAAGACCAUAGGGAAGCCCUCAUGCUUGCUACAGACCACAAAAUCCUGGAGACCAUUGUGCUGCAGACCAUAAAAGAGUCGCUGAACAAGGGGCAGGAUGCUGCUGCUCUAGCGUCUGCGGUCAACGCCAUCCAGCUGCAAGAGGAGCAGGACCAACUGACCAAUCAGAGCGGCAGCUCCGCAGCCUCCUGGAGACCCAGCAGGUGGCGGCACCUGCACGACACGAUGCUGGCCAGCCUGGUGGAGGAGCGGCUGGAAAACCCUUCGGUCUCCUGUGAAAGUCCGCAGCAACAGUCGAGCAUCCAGGCGGGCGUCCAGAGGGUGGGCCUGCAGCUGAAGGAGGACCUGCUGACGGUGGCGAAGGCGGUCCAGACCUGCUACCCUCCGGAGAGGAACAUCUGCCAGCUCUACGCUGAGCUGUACCACAAGAACAUGAGCGACCACCUCAAGAAGAUUGUCGACUUUGUUCUGGAUGAUGGCGACUGCACCUUCCUGCUCCGAUGGGUCACGGAGUUUUACCCCGGACUGUACAAAAGCGCUGAUUUGGCCUCUCAGAUCGACACUGAAGCUCUUGGAAGGCUGCUGCCUGUGGAGCUGCUGGGCCCUCUGGAGCAGCAGUACCUGAGCAGACAGAAGGUGGAGAUGAUGACGUUCAUCACUCGAGUUCUGGAGGAAGCCAAGGAAAUGUGGAGGAACGGAGACGAGCCCACGCUGGAGGACGGCUGCUUCGUCAGCCCGGUGUCCUACGACAUCAUUCAGCUCAUCAAUGGAAUCGUCAGGUCGGCUGAAAUAGUCGUCGGCGACCGGGAGAAGGCGCAGUGUGUGGCGAGCGGACUGAGCGACUCGCUGUGCAGGUUCAGAGACUUCCAAGACGACGUCAUGAAACACAACAAGCCCAACAGCAGGUCCUUCAUCAAAGCCAACCUGGGCUGUAUUCACCAGUUCAGGGAUUUCAUCCAGAGGAAGAGCUCCUUGUUUCCUCCCGACGUCGCGGAGAAGUCCCUGGCCAUCCUGGCUGACAUGAAACAAUCGGCUCACCUGUUUUUACUAAGUCCGUUCCACAAGGUGCUGAAGCCAAACUACAGAAAGCUUGGAACCUGCGACUGGCUCAACAGCUCGGCGUUGAUGGCGACGAUGAUGGACAGCAUGGAGAAUGAGGUCCAGAGUCUGGAGGGCUCUCUGGAGUCUUGUCACCAGGAGCUGAUGGGUCAGCUGCACCAGGAAGUGGCGGUGGAGUACGUCAGGCGGCUGCUGAGGGGAGGAGUCAAGCUGAAGAGCCCGGCCCUGCAGCAGGCCGCCUUUGUUCGAGUCACGAGUGACGCUGAGAGUCUGCACAGCUUGUUCAGUGAGCAGGGAUCGAAAGAAGACUGGCUGAAGGACGUCUUGGUGAUGAUCGCCGGAGUGCUGGGCCUCCAGGAUCUUCCAGCCAUACAGAUGCAAGUGGUCACGCUGGGCAGCACGUACCCAGACCUCAGUGAGAAACAGAUCUCUGCUCUGCUGAAGCUCAAGACCAACCUCUCCAAGGAGGACAGGAGGACGGUCAAAAGUACUUGGUCGGACGCGUUGAGAGAGAUCAGCGUGUCUCCCACCCACGCUUUCUUUUCCAGGGUGUUCCACUGAAUGCACUGGCGGCUGGGGAAAGGUACCCGCGGGCGGGGUUUUGUUGACUCUGACUGAACUGCAGUAGAUUCUGGGUGGCAGAUUGUAGGAAUCUCCGGGCCACGUGUUGCUUCCUUGCCUGUGAUUGGCUGAUCAGCACUUUUCCCGCUGCCCCACGAGUAGCGUCAUGAGCGAGAAGCAGUUUCUUCUAUCAUAUAAUGAUGGAUAUUCACUGGGUGACAUGUUAUCAUGAACACUCUACAUAUAUUACACCAUGUGACUUGAUGCUGGUACUAUAAGGUGGAAUGUUGCUCAGCUUUGGCACUUGUUUAUGUUCAUAUUCAUGCUUAUGUCUCCGCCGUGUUGAGUGUGUUUUUUGCGGGACUGUCCUGAUAUGCACUGUA